UCGUGGGCAUGGGCGCCUGAAUCACCUGCAGCUCUGCAUGUGCAGCUCCAACACAUAUGUCAGUGUUUAUAGACCUGUAGCCUGCGCGGUGUUCCCCUCAACUGUGUCGUCACCACCCAGUCACGACUGGUGCGCGCGUGUACAGCCUAUUCCAUGAUCAUGUUCCUCCUCCUCCUCCUACUCUAUCAGAUACACUAGGGUUUCCCUUUACAUGCGACGGCCAUGCAAUAAAAGCAGAGUCCUCCGUGCAGUGCGGUUUUGCAGCUCCUCCAUCACCACCUGGAGUAUUCGUGCACCACCACCAUGCAAGCGGCGGGCACCGGAGCAGCUGAUACCGACGCUACUGUAAACGGUAGCAGCAGCAGCACCGCAGACGUCGACGACAGCGACGGGGCAGGGGAGAGGAUGGAGAGGACGGUGCCAAGCGAGCAGCAGGACAGGACCAACAACCAGCAGCAGCAGCAGCAGCAGCAGAAGACGUCCUUAUCACCAUCCGGAGUGCUCGAUAAAUUGUUCGGGAAGCGCCUCUUGCAGGCCAGACACUACAUUAUGUCUCGUAAGUCCUGGCUGAAGAUGGUGCCCACUGAAAACUGUGAUAUCCUGAUGACAUUCCCAGAUACAAUCGAUGAUCACACUCUGCUGUGGCUCCUGAAUCAGAUUCGUGUCGGAAUCCCACAAGUCAGCAUUCAGGUUCGGCAGCACAAACACACCCAGGCACACGCCUUCUUCAUCACGACAACAUUUGAGAACUUACUGCGGGGAGCCGAGCAGAUGGGCAUGCACAAGGCCGUCAAACCGCAGUUUGGCGGCGGGAUGCGGCGCUUUUCCUGCGAGGAGGACAACAUCUAUGAGAACAUAGAGAGCGAGCUCUGCUUUUUUACAUCGCAGGAGCGUCAGGGCAUCAUCAAGUACUGGCUGGACAAUCUGCGAGCCAAACAGGGGGAGGUGCUCCACAACAUUCACUUCCUGGAGGGACAGCCAAUCAUUCCAGAGCUGGAAGCUCGAGGGGUGAUCCAUCAAAUGUUUCCUCUCCACGAGCAGAGGAUCCUCAACCAGCUGAUGACAUCAUGGGUCCAGGCUGUGUGUGAGAGGCAGCCCCUGGACGAUAUCUGUGACUACUUUGGAGUGAAGAUCGGCAUGUAUUUUGCCUGGCUGGGUUUCUACACUAACUCCAUGCUGUACCCUGCUGUCAUCGGCUUUCUGCUCUGGAUACUCGCUGAGGCUGACCAGACCAGCCAGGAUAUCUGCUGUGUGGUUUUUGCCCUCUUCAAUGUUGUGUGGGCGACGCUGUUUCUGGAGCGCUGGAAGAGGCGAGAGGCGGAGCUGGCCUACAGGUGGGGCACCCUGGACACCCCCGCAGAGUCCUUGGAGGAGCCCAGGCCGCAGUUCAGGGGAGUGAAGCGCUGCAGUCCCAUAACGGGUUGUGAGGAGUUCUACUACCCACCUUGGAAGAGAGCUCUGUUCAGAUGGCUGGUCAGCCUGCCCAUCUGCCUUCUCUGUCUCUGCUUUGUCUUCCUCGCCAUGCUCCUCUGCCUGGAACUGCAGGAAGUGGUGAUGGAGAUUCAGGAGCUACCUGGUAUCACAAGAUUCAUUCCUAAGAUACUUCUGGCCAUUACUGUGACCAUAUGCGAUGAAGUGUAUAAGAAGAUCGCCUACUGGCUUAAUGACAUGGAGAACUACAGACUUCAGAGUGCCUAUGAGAAUAAUCUCAUCAUCAAGAUGGUUUUUUUUGAAUUCAUCAAUUCGUACCUUAGCCUUUUCUACAUUGGAUUCUACCUCAAGGACAUGGAGCGACUGAAGGAGAUGCUAGCCACUCUACUGAUCUUCCGCCAGUUCCUACAGAACAUCAAAGAGGUUCUCCAGCCUUAUCUCUACGAGCAAAACAAGCUGGGCGUCUUCACCCCCAAAGUGCUGUGGGAGCUGCUCCAGACCAUCAUACUCAAGUACGGCCGCCUGGCUCUGGGAAAGGCCCAAGCCUCGAUGACAGGCUACUCCUUCCUGGGUCCCAAAGGGAUCCCCGUCACUCACACUGCUAACGGCAAUCCAGAGCAGAAGAAAAGAGGGGAUCUGAAAGCUGGAUUCAGGCUGACGGAAGAGGAGUGGGACAUGAACGACAGCAAUCUGAAGCAACGUAAAGUCAGCUUCACUGAGAAGGUUGACUACCAGGAUGUCAUGACAGAAACGCUGCCGGUGGAUCGCAGCUGCCUUGAGGACAGUCCUACACUGGUGGAGGAAGGGAUGGAUCCAUCAAGCAUUUUUGACAGUUGUGAUGAGGACAGCGACUGUGAAUCGCUGUCUCAAGAAUCUGAGUCUCUGUGUCAGAAAAGAAAGAACGUCAGUGAGGAGAAAGAGCAUAAGAAGUCAUGGAUGGAUCCACCAGAGGAACCCAAAACUGUCACUUUGACCCAGGCUGAGAUUGAGAGCUGCAUGCAGACAUACGAGGAUACGCUUCAGGACUACCAGGAAAUGUUCAUCCAGUUUGGCUACGUGGUGCUCUUCUCCUCUGCGUUUCCCCUGGCGGCCAUGUGUGCUCUUAUCAACAACAUCAUCGAGAUCCGCAGCGACGCCCUGAAGCUCUGCACCGGCCUGCAGAGACCCUUCGGACAGAGGGUGGAGAACAUCGGACAGUGGCAGACUGCAAUGGAGGCCAUGGGUUUGAUAGCCAUUAUAGUUAACUGUUAUCUGAUUGGUCAGUGUGGGCAGCUACAGCGUCUGUUCCCCUGGUUGAGUCCUGAGAUGACCAUCAUCUCCAUCGUCUUACUGGAGCACUUUGCAAUCCUCCUAAAGUACAUCAUCCAUGUUGCCAUCCCUGAUAUCCCUGGCUGGGUUGCAGAAGAGAUGGCCAAGCUAGAGUACCGACGAAGGGAAGCUUUCAAGAAGCACGAGCAGCAGGCCCAGCAGCACUUCCAACAGCAGCUCAGACGCCGGCGUGAAGAGGAGGAGCUCCAGCGUCAGGCUGAGCUGCAGGCCGAGGCCCGUCAGGAGAGCGACCACAGGGCAGACACGCAGCACCAGCACCACCACGACAAAGCACCGGGGAGCAAGGCAGGGGACAAACCCAAGAGACCCAGCUCUCUGCUGGGGAACAACAAUGUGAUGAAGCUGAAGCAGAUCAUCCCUCUGCAGGGGAAGUUCUCCUCCAGCACGUCUCGCUCACCAGCUCAGUCCCCAACAGGAGGUGAGGCGAAGCUCCCAGGAUUUCUCAAGUUCUUGAAGUCACCUGAGAUGAAAAAGGAGCCAGCGGUGGCAGCUGGAGCUCCAGCCUCAACAGUGACCUCCUCUGUUCCCCCUAGUGGCCAGGAGAGGUCACAGUCCCCCAACAGGACAUUCAGUCCUGGGAAACUGUUCAGCUUCAGCAAGUCAGAGGGGACAGUGGUGUGUGUGAAUGGGACACAACCACUGCCCCAGCCUGCUAACGCUCAGCCCAGCAGGGGCGACUUAAACACAUCGCUGGAGGAAUUACCUUCCAAUGAGUCAGAAAAAGGAGAAUCAAGACAAUUGACUGAUUUAGAAAACUGUAAGAGUUAAUAAACGUUCCACCAAUGUAACAUGAUGAAGAGCAAUGUACAAAUGUUCAGGCAACAUUCAGAGACACACCUGUACCGUAAGAGAACACAUUAGUCACAAGGACCACAUGUAAAGGUCAGCGAACUUUCACUCUUGAUGCAACUUACUUCGCACAAGGUAUUAUACUGUAUCCAUUAACACUUGAUUAUCUAACUUCCAUGUAAAAUAUGUACAGUAAGUGUAACUGCUCGAAUGGGGCUUGACUAACCUUUACUUAAGGUUAAAAUACUGCAUGACUGCCUGGUUUUUAACAGCACCAGAAGAGAUUAUGUUGAUGUGGAGGAUCUUUCGUUCCAAACCCAGAUCAUUAAAGGUCCAGUGUGCAGGAUUUAGGGGGUGUAUUGACAGAAAAGGAAUGUAGUAUUAUAAGAAUGUUCUCUUUAGUGUACAAUCACCUGAAAAUAAGAACAGUUGUGUUUUUGUUACCUUAGCGCGAGUCAUUCAUGUUUACACUACGGGUGGAUCCUCGUCCACAGAUAAUCGGCAUGUUUUUACAGUAGCCCGCAACGGCAAACCAAACCUUGGGUCUAGAUAGAGCCAUUCAUGUUUUUGCGUCGGCCACUGUUGUAAGUAGCCCCUCCAUGACACGCAGUGUAGAAAAAAACUCAGACUUUUUUAACGUGAAACUGCUUUAAUCAGUGUUUUUACCAGUUUGAAACACCAGGUCCGUUAGUUUCGGAAAGGAUGACACCUCUGCGGAUAAUUCGGCUCCCAGUAAAAACCUCCUGAACAUCUGGAUCAUAAGUUAUCAGAGAAAAAAGGUGAGGCUAGCGGCACAUCUGCAACAAGCCGAAACAGCAUCAAAGAAACACUAAUUUUAACACAAUACCACUUUAUUCAGUGUUUUUACUUGUUUGAAACACCAGGUUCAUUUGUUUUGGAGAGAAGGAGACCUCUGUGGAUAAUUUGGCUCCCAGUAAAAACCUCCUGAACGUCUGGAUCUUAAGUUAUUAGAGAAAAAAGGUGAGCACAUAUUAGCAAGUGCUAGGCUAGCAGCCUGUCUGCCACAAGCCCAACAGCAUCAGAGAAACACUAAUUUGUAACGUGAAACUGCUUUAUUCUAUGUUUUUAACAAUUUGCAUCAACAGGCCCGUUUGUUUUUGAAAGGAAGAGACCUCUGUGGAUAAUUCGGCUCCUUGUAAAAACCUCCUGAACGUCUGGAUCUUAAGUUACAAGAGCAAAAAGGUGAGCACACAUUAGCAGGUGCUGGGCUAGCAGCCUGUCUGCAACAAGCUGAAGUAGCAUCGAAGAAACACUAAUUUGUAAUAUGAAACUGCUUUAUUCAGUGUUUUUACUCGUUUGAAACACCAGGUCCGUUAGUUUUGGAAAGGAUGACACCUCUGCAGAUAAUUCGGCCCCCGGUAAAAACUUCCUGAUCGUCUGGAUCUUAUGUUAUCAGAGAAAAAAGGUGAGCACACAUUCGUAGAUGCUGGGCUAGUGACACAUCUGCAACAAGCAGAAACAGCAUCGGAGAGACACUAAAUUAUAACAUGAAACUGCUUUAUUGGCUGUUUUUACCACUUUAAAUCACCAGGGCCAUUUGUAUUGGAGAGGAAGAGACUUCUGCAGAUAUUUUGGCUCCCAGUAAAAAAAAAAAAAAAAUCCUUAACAUCUGGAUCUUAAGUUAUCAGAGAAAAAAGGUGAGCACACAUUAGCAAGUGCUAGGCUAGCUGCACAUCUGCAACAAGCCCAAACAGCAUCAGAGAAACACUAAUUUUAACACGACACCACUUUAUUCAGUGUUUUUACCAGUUUAAAUCACUAGGUCCAUUUGUUUCGGAAAGGAAGAGACCUCUGCGGAUAAUUCGGCUCCCAGUAAAGUCUUCCCAAACGUCUGGAUGUUAGGUUACCAGAGAACAAAGGUGAGCACACAUUAGCAACAAGCAACAAGCUGAAACAGCAUCGUAGAGACACUCAUCUGUAACAUGAAACUGCUUUAUUCAGUGAUUUUACUGGUUUGUUGUGGAAAGGAAGAGACCUCUGUGGAUAAUUUGCCAAUAAAAAACUUUAAGAACAUUGGAUACUGAAGAAAUUCUAACCUGGAGAGGUUUCAGCUGGUUGCACACUGCAGUCCUCACUGCUAGACGCCACUAAAUCCACCUAAAUCGUACUCACUGGACCUUUAAUGGACACAAACAGCAGCUUCCUAUUCCAGGUUUGUUUCUCAUCCUGAUGCCUGUAUUGAAUGCAUGUUGCAUCAUGUGCAUGCAUUACGCGUCCAUCAUGUCUUUUUCAGUUGUAAAGCACUUUUUAAAGCCAUCGUAUUCUUCUGCAAUAGGUCAAAUUAUAUUCACUGUGACCAUAAAAAAUAUUCUAUUUUUCUUAACUUUGAUUUUCUAUGAAUUAUUUUACUACAUAAAUUAGUGAAUGUACUUCUAUGAUGCAAAUAAAUCUCACUUGAAUAAACAUCCAUCAAGAGAUAAAGCAUUGGCUGAUUUUGUUAACUGUAAAAAUGUAAUGCUGGAUUGUGGACGUUUGCUGGGUUGGUUUGUUUCCUUGGAUUAGGACAUGUAUGAACACUAAC